UCGAGAGCUGCGACGAGUACGCUCGCGUCUAUUACGUGGUGUGUUUAUAGUGAAGUGGAUUUUGUGAUGAGAUUAUCGAAUGUCGUGAAGUGAAAGAUAGUGUUGUUUUUCUAACAAAGUGUAACUUGAGUGUUUGAAACAAUGUCUAUGGUUUACUAGUGCGAUAAAUCAAAAUGUGUAAAGCACCGUUGUGUGCAAAAUUGUUUUUUGCCACGUAGUGACGCGAACGGGUAAUGAUUCCUAAUGUGGAGCUCGAAGCAAGAUGGUUAGAGAGACUCGGCACCUGUGGGUUGGCAAUUUACCCGAUAACAUUCGUGAAGAUCGAAUAAGGGAGCACUUUAAACGCUAUGGCCGAGUCCAGAAUGUCAAGCUGCUGGGAAGAACGGAGAGCGGAAGCACAGUUGCGACCGCAAGUGCGACUCCAAGUAGUGGCGUUUGCGCGACUGUCGCCUUCAUGGACAUCAAGUCGGCGUCGAAGGCGCACAACGCGGAGCACGUACUUGACGAGCGCACGCUCACCACCGAGUACUACGAGCCGGCCGCGAUCCCGUCGGCAGCGGGCGCGCCCUCGGCCGGCUCUUCGCCCGCCGGCUCCGGUUACUCUGGAUCUUCGUCCUCCGUGAACUCCACACCGGCCCCCUCCACCGUCUCGCGUUAUCAUCUUUCUGGUGGCGAAGAGAGCACAGGUAGCGCAUGCCCGAUAGCUGCGACUGCGGCUGCGCCAGCUAACUGGCGGGGAACCAACGAUAGCGCCUCCGAGUACUGCCGACGGGGGAACACGCCCGCUGCCUACGGUCGCUACCAGAGGAACAACUCCAACGCACCUUACUCCACGCCUCCUUCCAACGUCGAAAGAACUACCCCCCUUCACCGGUGGUACGCCAGCGGCGAGCGAGGAGGCGGCGGCGGCGCGGGCAGCGGUGGCGGCGGCGGGGGCGCCACGGGCGGCGAGAGCACGCCGAGCACGCCGGGCGGCGGCACCGAGGGGGGGCGGCGGCGGCGGCUCUCGGGCUCGGGCUCCUCGCGCUCGGAGUCGUCGUCGCCCGAGCCCAGCGACACCUCGCGCGCCUCCACGCCGCACGCGCCGCCGCCGCCGCUCGCCCACGCGAACCAUCGCACCCCUUCCACGCCCUCCCAUCACCAGUGGUCGUCGACGGCGAGUGGGAGACCAUUAGCCAUUUGCGUGAGAAACCUACCCACGCGAUCGACUGAUAGUUCCCUUAAAGAUGGUCUUUACCACGAGUAUAAGAAGCACGGGAAGGUGGUGUGGGUGAAGGUGGUCGGUCAGAACGCCGACCGGUACGCGGUGGUGCGCUUCAAGAAGCCGUCCGACGUAGAGAAAGCGCUCGAGGUGUCACAAGACAAGCUUUUUUUUGGAUGCAAGAUCUCAGUAGCACCUCACCAAAGUUGCGAUGAAGAUGCCGAUUCGGCGAAACCUUACGAGACUGAUAUCGACGAGUACCAUCCGAAAGCAACUAGGACAUUAUUUAUCGGUAACUUAGAAAAGGAUGUAACGCAGCAGCAGUUGAGAGAAAAAUUUAAACAUUUCGGGCGUAUAAUCGAGAUCGACAUCAAGAAGGGCAGCGGAGGCGGGGCGGGUUACGCGUUCUGCCAGUACGCCUCGAUAUCCAGCGUCGUCGAGGCCAUCCGCGCCAUGGACGGCGAGUACGUCGGCGGCUCGCGCGUCAAGCUCGGCUUCGGCAAGCCCGUGGCCACCACGUGCGUGUGGGUCGACGGCCUCACGGAGCACACGGAGAAGCAGGUGCUGGGCGCCAUCUCGCGGUGCGGCGCGGCGACGUCGGUGUGCGUGGACCGCGCGGCGGGCGCGGCGCUGGUGCACUUCGAGCAGGCGGCGGCCGCGGGCGCCGCGGUGCGGGAGCUGCGGCGCGUGGCCGCCUCCGCCUGCGCCGCCGCCGCCGCCGCCGCGCCCGCGGAGCCCGACCACCCGCGGCUGUGCGUCGACUAUGCCUCCCGCGAGUGCCAGGAGGCGUUCUACGAGCAGCUGGAGAAGCACGGCGGCACGGCGGCGCUCAGCGGGCUGGACCGCCUCACCGGCGAGGUCUCCACCUCGCGCUACCUGUCCACUGCGCGCCACGACGCUCUGAGGUACGAGAACAGCACGGGCCGCGCGCGCGCCGCCAGCUACGGGCGCAGCGCGUCCCGCACGCCGCGCUACCCUGCGCUCGAGCACUACGAGGCGCCCGACUACACGCCCGAGCGCCGCUACAGGGUAUACGAAGAACUAGGUUCCAGUCCACAAGCGGAUGACACUCCAUUUGACGAUCGGUUGCAGUCCGUUGUUGUUUCCCCGCACCGGGCACGACGACAUAGAAGGGAUUCCAGUCCUGAAGACCGAAAACAUUCAAAGGAGCGACAUCGAAGCGCAGGGGGCAGCGUCGUCAGCGUCAGCUGCGCGGGGGCGGUGCGGCGCUCGCGCUCCGGCUCGCGCGGGGAGCGCCACGUGCGCCGCCGCCACCGCCGCCGCCGCGACGGCUCCGGCUCGCGCGGCUCCCGCGCCGGCACCCCGCUGCGCGACGAGCCCGACGCGCCGCCCUGCGAGCCGCGCCGGCCGCCGCGCGAGCGCCCGCCGCUGCCCAUGUCGCUGCCGCUGCCCAAGUUCGCCGUGCAGCUGCUGCGCGCCGCGCCCGCCGCGCCGCGCCCCGCGCCCGCGCCCGCGCCCGACUCGCCGCCGCGCCCGCCCUCCGCCUCCUCCUCCAGCGCCGGCUCCGCGCCGCACUCGCCGUCGCUCGAGGAGCGCAUCCGCAGCCUCGACGAGAAGUACGAGAAGUGGAGCGGCUCGCGCGCCGUCGCCGACGCGCCCGACCGCUCGCGCCUGCGCCACCGCCUGCUCGAGGUGGACAUCAACGAGGUGAAGCCGUCGGAGGUGGUCCGCUCGCUGCUGGCGAAGCGGUCGGUGUUCGACGAGGACUCGGAGCGGCUCGAGGGCGCCGUGCGCGCGCCCAGCCCGGCGGGCAGCCCGCGCGCCCGGGCGCCGCCGCUGACGCCGCGCGUGCUGCGCUACCCCUUCCCCAGCCACCCGCCGCCGCCGCCGCCGGACGCCGACGACCCCGAGCGCCCGGUCGACCCCCGCCUGGGCCGCGUCGCCGGCGACCGCCCUAAAUUCGCAGAGAUCGACAGGUUCGAAUCGAGAGUCCGCCCGAGAACGCCCUCCACGGAUAGAUCGCAGCUCGAUUCGAACGACCGCCGAUCCCCUCGAGCGGAUGCGGAGCUGGAUUCGGAGAAGACUACCGCCGAGGGGCGGAGAAGAAAUUCACUCUUCGGGACGAACAGGAGUUUGUCCGAUGUCAGUGCGGAGAUGGAUCACGCCCCACGCCCCGAUGGUGCUGAAAUUGAACUUCGAAGUAAAGAAGAAAACCUUCCUCUGAUAUCGGAGCGACGGCAUUCUAUAGGAAGAACCCAAGAAAAUAUCGGAUUACCGCCGGUGGAAAGGAAAGAAAAUUUUAAACAUAACGUGGAUGAUAAACAGCCAGAUACGCCGCUGGUCGGUCAUAAUGAAGAUAAACCUCGAGAGUUCCCGGAAACGCUUCUAAAACGAAUCGGAAGCUACCAGGACGUUGUGAAAACGGAACCCCUUGUUGAGAAGAGGUCCAAAUCCAUCGAAGAAUACAACAAAUCUGAUUUACCCGCUCAUAUUCAUGAAGAAAUUAAAUCGAAUCUAGAAAAUGAAACGGGAACUUUGAAAUUGGAAGAAUUUAUCCCGAAAGUUAAAAAUGAAUGUGAAAAAAGCAAAGAAGUAUUCAGUAAUCACGUCAAAAAAGAAAGAGAGUUUCUAGAAGUAGAAACACCACAUAAUCAUUUGAAUACCCAUAACUUAGUUAAAAUAAAUAAAGAUGUCCCUGAACUAAACCAAGAAUUAUUAAAAAGUAGCGAAAAGAAUGGUAAAGAGAGAUACAGUCAAAAUAUGAUGCUAGAGGUUCUACAUAUGACCAAACUAGAAAAAGAAAAUAUUGAGUUUGAAAAAUGCUUUGAAAAGGAUAAAUUCAGCAGCAACUCACAUUUUUUUGGAGAGAAGAAGAUGUUAGACAGUGAAAAAUUGAUAGAAGACCGGAUAAGGAGUGAAAUAUUACGACACUGUAAAGACCGACAUGAAAAAGAAAAGGUAGAUAAUGAAAAGGACAAGGCGAAGUCUUAUAAACGUGAGAAAAGUGCCGACAAAAGUGAAAAAGAUAAAAGGACUAAAGAUGAGAACGCUGAAAAGCCACACAGUGACAAAAGUGAUAAGAACAGAGACAGUGAAAAGUCAUAUAAAGAUAGAAGUGAUCGAGAUUCUGAAAAAUCAAAACAUUCUGAAGAAAAAUCUUCUCGACAUGAUCACCAUAGAAAAGAAAAAAUAGAUAAAGAUAAACGAAAGGACUCUGUUGACAGUGAUACGAAAGGUAAGAAGGAUGACAGAUCUAAACACGACAAGUCUCGAAAAGACAGCAGCGAGUCAAAACGAGAUAGUAAAAAGGAAUCCGAUCAUUUAAAAUCAAGAAAGUCUUCCAGAGAUGAAACGUCAAGAGACAUUUACAGAAAAGAUUCCACAGAUUCCUCAACAUCCAGAGCUUCUCAUGAUUCGUCCAAAUUAAAGGAUUUAGAUGUUAAUGAAGUAAAAGAAGAAUCAAAGUUAAAGAAACAACUUAAUGAAGUGAAUUGUAAGUCAGAAUUUGAAAAGGAAUCCACGUCAAAAUGCUUGGACAUUCUAAAAUUCGAGCCGAUUGUAAAAAUUAAAGUAGAAAAAGAGAGGAAAGAUCUUUUAGAUCAACACAAAAGCAAAAACGACAAUACAUCGGAACAUUCCAUAAAAAUCAAGGGAGAUAUCACAGAGAAACAAAGACAUUAUUCUCUUGACUCUCCCAGUGUUGAUUCAAAACGUAAAGAACGACUAAAUUCAUGUUCAAGUUUGCCUUCGAACAUCGGCCAUAAGAGAAGAAUGUCGUCGCAAGAUAGUCUUGACUACAUGACAGAAGAUUUGAAAAAAUCUAAAAAUAGUGAACCUAAAUCUGGCCUCGAACGUAGGGAUUCAAAAGAUUCCAGGAGUACCGACCGACAUAAAACUACCAAAUUUAACAAGGGCCAUUUCGCAAAAUUAAUCGAAAGUAAAACUAAAGACGAUAGAAAAAAUCAAGUGAAACCUCCAGAUGAUGCGUUUGAAGUGAAAAAUAACGAACAUAAAGACGAAAAAUUAAGUUUUGAAAAACAUAAACAUUUGAAAAAGAGUCCUACGAUAGAACAAGAUGACAAAUUUAACCCAGAAUCACAAAACGAUGGUUUACAUAAAGAUAUUGAUUUCCUCGCUACAUUAGAACUUAGGUCGAGUGAAGAAGAUGAAAAGCAAAAGGCUCUUAGAAAAGAAAUGAAAGAAAAGAAACGAAUUCAGCAGUUGCAACAAAUUCAAGAACUUCAAAUGCAACAAGAUGCCUUACAACAAGCUGAAUUAAUCAAUAAAGAUAAGAAACAAAAGACUGACGAAAAGAAAAAGGAGGUGGCGCGAGACAAACGUUUAUCCACUGAUCGAAAAAGUCGAGAUGAGAAAAGUGACAGCAGCAAACGUAAAAGUCGGAAAACUGCACCGAGCACUGAUAGCUCGGACUCUGACGAACCCAAAAAGCACUCUAUUUUUGACAUAAUAGAUGAUGGACCUACUUAUAUAUCAAUGUACGAUAAAGUUAAGGCUCGAUCAUGUAAAAACAUGCAGAAACAGGAAGAAGAGAAGCGUCAAGAGAAAAUAAAAGCUAAGUUUAGUCAGCUAAAGCAAAGUAGAGCUAAACGUGAAGAAAAGAAACGAUCCAGUUGGGAUGAAGAUAGUGAUUCUGAAAAUGAAAGAAAGAAGCCACAUAAAUCUUCAAUGGAUAGUUCUACCGAUGACGAUAACAUGAUGAUUCAUAACAAAAAACGUGAAAAGGUACAUGCAUCUUCUAGCCUUGAUUUUGAUCGUACUAAAGCCAAUGACUAUUUUAACAUGCCAAGUAAUGAAGAAGACUCGUGUAACAAAUUAUCACGCAAAAACUCAAGAACACGUAUUAUGUCUGAUACGUCUGAUGAUGAAAUGUCGAAGCGAAGUGUGAGCAAGAGUCCAAAUUUCAUCAUUGAUCUCAAAAAAGAUACUACAUCUGAUUCUGAAUCAUUGCACAGGACUAAAGAUCUCGGCAAUGCGUCGUCAAAAGAGUCUAGUGAAGAUAAAGUUAAAAAGAACUCUUUAUUGAAUCUAUUCGGAAAAAGUGACAGCGAUGACAGUAAACUAAAAUCUAGCUUAGAAACUGACAAUGAAUACAAACCUAGUUUCACAAAAGCUAUUCCUAACGACUUUUCCUCUGAAAGUGAUUCAGCAAUGUGUAGUAGAAAUAUUGGAGAAGUUCGCAAGAAACAUAGGAAAAAGCAGAAGAGACACAAAUCUAUACUAUCUGAUGUUGAAAACAAGUGUGAUAAUGAUGCUGCGAGUCAUGACAAUGACGUAAAACAUAAGAUAUCAGAAAAAGUUCGUCGUCACAGUACCAAAAAAGAAAAACGGAAGGACAAAAUUCGCGAAAGUGUAGAUACGGAUGAAACGCGCGAUGAAAGAAACAAGCUUAAAAGAGACAAGAAAUUAACGAACUGUAGUUUUGAUGCUGUUUCAGAAAAUAUUUCGAAGAAGGAUGGUAAAAUGGAAGAUAUAUUUGGGCCACUUUCAGAUGAAUCUGACAGAGAAUCUAGAGCAAAUAAUAAGAUAGAAUUUCCUUCCCAUACAUAUGAAUCGACAUUCAGUUCUGUUAAUGAUCAAAACAAUACUACCGAUGAUGGAAAAUCCAAAGAUAAAGACGAUAAUAAACGCAAAAAAGAUAAGAAGCGCAAAGAAAAGCGGCUUUUUUCCAAGGAAGAUGAUAAUAGCUUAGAUGUAGAUGCCGUGAGUAAAGCAAUAGAAGCACGAUUAUUUGCCGAGUCAAUCACCGACGAUGAUAACCGUUCAGGCCUAGACACAAUAUCAGAUUAUUCUAAGAAAAAUAUGAACGAAGAUAAUGAAUUGAAGCACUCUGGCGAUGGCACAACUGAUAAAACGAAUGAUAGACACUGCGACAAGAUGAAAAAAGAGUGCAGGGAAAAGAAGAAAAAGAAAAAGAGAAGUAGAGAGGACCGUCAAAAUCGCAAAGAGCAUCAUAAUUUUUUCCAUCAUGAUAAAAUGGAGAACUCUGACAUUUCAAUUGAACAAUCAGAGCUUGAAAUAUCUACUAAGGAUAUGUUGUUAGACAUUCCUUUACCUAGUGAUAUACCAACAUCUACAUUGUCCGACAAAUCUGACGACAAUAAGUCACUUUCCCAAUCUCCUAGCUUGCCUCGACUAACAGACAGCCCCCCGGUAUUAAUUCAGAGCAGCGAGUCGGAAACGAAAAUAAGUGGCAAUGAGUCCCCAACCAACUCCUCUAUGGAUAUUAGUAUGGAAAUUGAUUAUCCUGAAACAAAACAAAUUGAAGUUGAUGACAUUCCGAUGCCACCGCCUAUUGAAAGCAUUGACAUCAGUGAAGUGCCUUUACCAGAAGACCCACCCUUAGAAUCCCAAUUCGAAACAGAAGUUUUCAUGGAUGCUUUCGACGAAGUAGAAGAUAUUGACAAUAGUGAAAGCGCCGUUCGCAGCAUCUCUAAUUUACCAAUAGAAACUGAGAAGCCGGUAGAAAAGAUCGAGAUUCCUUGCAAGAUGGAUAAAAAAGUAGAAGAGAAACCUAGAGCUAUCAUUUCACAAGAAGAGACAGAAGAUGCAGUAGCUGCCUUGUUAGGUGAAAGCUUUGGCGGAAAAGUAAAUUCAUUUUCGGAUUGCUAUGAAAAUGUAGAAAGUGACGUUACCAGUCAAACCGAAAUUGAAAGAGCUUCUAUAGAGACCGAAAAUAUUCCGGAAGAAGACGCAGAAGAAAUGAGACAAGCAGUCCAAAAUCUUAACGCAAGUGCAAUGGAAAUGAAACCCGAUACACCUGAGAAUGUUUUGCUUAUUGAUACCGAUACUGAAGAGCACGAAGACAAUACUACUACUACGACUGCAACAAGUACAACAACUACUUCUACUGCGGCUGUUGCUUCUACUGCGGCUGUUGCUUCUACUGCGGCUGUUGCUUCUACUGCUACUGUAGCUUCUACAGUUGCUGUUACUUCUGCUGCUGUGACUGAAGCUGCGGAAAGAUUGCCCGUGAAUAUCAUCACCACCAGCAAGCCUAUUGUAAGCGUAAGUUCAGAUACAACCAAACCGAUAGUGUUGUCUAACAUAUUAAUAUCUAAAGCAAAACCCACAGCUAUGGAAGUUGUUACUCCUGAAUCGAGUGGAAUUAGCAUAAAAACAAACGAAUCUGCCAUAACAACCGAUCAAGUAAAAGCGAGUGACCAUGGUAAUAUAAAUGAACUUGUAAGAACAAGCGACUAUGGUAAAAUUAACGAGCGUGUUAGAACAAGUGAAUACAGUAGAAUAAAUGAACGUGGAAGAUCAAGUGAACAUGGCAAAAUAAACGAACAUGUAAAAAGAAAUGAACAGGUUAAAACUAGCGAGCAUGUUAAAGUAAAUGAACAUCCUAAUGUAAGAGAACAGGUUAAAACAAGUGAAAAUGCCAGAACAAGUGAAUUGGUUAAGACAAGUGAGCAUGUCAGAACAAGUGAACCAGUUAAAUUUAAUGAACAUAAUGUAAAAGUAAGCGAACCAGGUAUUAAGAUUCAACUUGCUAAACGCGAUGGUCCUCAACAAAAGACUUCUACAGCGACACCUGUCAUAACUUCUUGGACCUUAGCCAAUACUAAGUUAAUUGAACCUCAGGUCAUAAAUAUUCAGACAAGUCCUCGAGCAAGUAGAGACAAAAAUGAUGGCAAACCCACACAUAUUACUGCAAAUAUUGUACAAAUAAGGGCACCCCACACUCAGAAUAUGCCAGUUAAUAACUCGAUAAGGCCAAUUAUUACUCCCGCUAGAGUUAGUGCACCAUCAUAUCAAGUGAUAAAUCAAGUCAUUCGACCUCAAACAUCUAAUAUGCAACCACCAACAAUAAAGAUCCCAGAACAGCACAUGGUGUAUCAGAAGCCUUCAGGGAUCGUUAUAUCACCUAGAAUGUCUAAUGACGCCAGAAUGCAGAGUCCUAAAGGAACGGCACAAGGGGAAGGAAUGACAUCGCCCCUUUUGUCUAACAUGAUACUGAGUACAUCUCCACAAAAUAUAAACUCUGUUGGAAUAGCUUCACCUAAUGCAUUACAACAACGAUCGCCCGGCCAAGUUACCGUUGUGAGGAUGCAACAACCACCUUUAAGCCCAAUUCAAGCCAUGCAUUUGCCUCAUGGAGCUAGGACAAUGUUGUCUCCUAACAGACCUAGUUCCGUUUUAGUACAAACGCAAGGAGCACCAUUACACUUUAACCGACUACCUGUUACUCCUGUUUUGGCUCCGAUAACCAAACAAAUUACUGUAAAUAAUGUAGUUCAACAGAAUAAAAUGAUCACUGUUAGCACCAGUUCACUUAUCCACCAGCAAAAGCUGAUAGCUGAAGAAAAACGGAAAAGUGACCAGAGAAAUAUUGGCGAAAAUAUGAAUGAAGGUUCUAAAAUAAUAUUGUCUCCAACUAGUUUACCUCAGAAUGCAAACCCUACAGUUCUGGCACAAAAUCGCUUGAUAACCAUGCCGUUGCAGCAUGCCGCUGUACACGUGGGAAACAAGAACUCGCCGAUACAUUUGGGAAAUAAAGUUUUAAUCAAUAACAUAAAUCAUUUGAACGAGAAGCGAGAAAGUAAUGUGCAAAAAUCAGAGCAACUAAGUCAUGUACCAUUUGGAACAAUACAUGUGGCUGGUGUGAAUAAUUCUUCAGCAUCAAUAAUUCAAAGUGUAAACAAACCGGUGAUGUGUGCUAUUCAAGAAGCUAGUACUAUUAGCAGGACCCAUGGUUCUAACGUAAUUCAUUCCUUAAGUUCUCAGAGAUUACUCACUACAGCACCUAUAACAAUCCAUUUGGACACCAGCAAAUGCCCUCCGUCAGUACUUUCGAUGGCAACUAUUAGACCGCCGACGGUAUUGACGAAAUUAGAUUCUUCAAAAUCCAUAGCUGCUACCACAACUUGUAUCACUAAUGUGGUUAUGACCCCACUUAUAUUAAAAACCACCAAAACACCUGGGACGAUCAAAUUGAAUCCUAAAAAUGAAACAGAACGAAUGAAUUCGUUAACUGAUGACAAAUUCGUAAAUGUUCCAACCACAUCCAAUCACGUGCCCCGAGAGAGUGAAGCUAGACACGAGGAACAAAACGACCCGGGAAGAGUAGCAUCAUCAACAUCAUCGGCAAAUCGUCAACCUUUUCACUCCCCAAUAGAAACAAUAGCUAAGUGUGAAACGGAUUUUGAAGAAUUGUUGAGAGAUACAACCAAUGAAAUUAAAGUGACAAAUGACCCUGAAAAGAAAUUGGAAGUGAAUGUUGGAAAAACUAUCACACUUGUAACUACACAGCCUCGUGAAAGAAAGCAGAGUACUGAUAAUUCGAGAAAAGAAGAUUCUGUGAAGAAAACCCAACCUUUAAUUGAACAGUCGGUCGUAGAAUCAGUUUUUAAAAAUCAGAUUACGAACAUAUUAGUAAAUCAAAAUGCGGCUUCGUCAAGCCAAAAUAAUCUAUCUCUAUCAAUUCCAAAAUCUACCCCAAAUCAUCAAAAUGAAGAGUCAAAUAAAGUGCAAAACAUUCAACUUGGUAAAGAAAACAAAGAUACAUCAUCAAAUAACGAUUCAACAGCAAAUAAUAUAGAAAAUAACACUAACAAAGAUUCUGGUAUUAACAACAUUUCAAAUAAUGAGAUUCCUUUGGCUGCAAUUUCAAAUACAAUUAUUAACGAACCCGGAAGAUCGUCUGAUUUUGGAAAUCCGGUAAAAUCCGUCCAAUUUUUCACGAUUAGUAUGUCAAAGAGUAAUGACAGUUGUGAUAGUCAAUUGAGGGGUCUGGAUGAAAAUGACUCGUGGAGUGCUAAAGAUGUAAACAUUGAUUCUGUUAUAAAGAAAGUUGAUUCUUUGUGCAAUGAAAAUUCCGAAUUUAAUGAAAGCAGAGAUGACAAUGUAAGUAAUGAAUUAAACCAUACACUAAAUCUAGUUGAGACUAGUACUGCAGAUACUUUUCCACCAGAAGUUGAAGCUAAAUCAAUGGAAGUACAGUACGAAACUGUUGUUGAAACAAGUAACACCGAAGAUAUCAGCAAUUUAGGUAAAUCCUCAGCUCCUAAUAAGAGGGGUGGGCGUAAUUUUAGAGGUAAAAGGGCAGAGAAAAAUCAAGAUAGGAUACAGACUCGCCAAAUUUCGAAACCCUCAAGGGGUGGCUCCACUGCUAAACGUGGGAGAGGACGAGCUAAAGUGGACAAGAAACUUAAGAACUCUGUAAAUAACAGCAUCAACAAUAUUCCUGGAGACGUCUACGAUUUUCACGAGGAUUCGGGAGACGAGACGACAUCUAAUAAAACUGAGGCACGGCCGAGAUUGAUUUUGACCAUCAAGAGUCCCCUCUCUGGACACUGCGCCACAUCGACUUCUUCUCUGAGCAUCACACCCAAAGAUCAGCCGAAAAUACAAGACAAGGUAAACAGGGAAGAGAAGCCGGAAGAUUUCGCAUCGCCUUCGCUGAACACUCGUAAAUCUAGAAGACUCCAAGAGAAGGACGUUCAAAAGACCACCGUAGACGAUACCAUGGAGGAGUUCGUGAGAAGUCCAGCGGCCCAAGCGAAAGGAGGGAAGAGAAAACCGGCGCGACAGGGAGCGAAGCCCGGGCCGCCCGACACGCGCAAGUCGCCGCGCGGCGCCAAGCGCACCCGCGACCGCAGCCUGUCCGACGCCUCCGUCGACAGCGGCGACGAGAGGCUCCACCGAAACCUGGAGACCAGCAGAGAAGCCAAGGCGCCAAAGUUGGCCGAAUCGAUCGUCCCCGCGCCCGCCAAGCCCGAGCCGGAGGUUCCGCCGCCGGCGCCCAAAGCGGCCCCGCCGCCGCCGGUCGUCGCGCAGGCGGCGCCGGCCCCCGCCCCGGUCCCGGCCUCGGCCCCGGCUCCGACGCCGACCCCGACCCCGAACCCGACGCCGAUCAUGAAGCCCCCAAAGAAGAUGAUAUCCGAGAUAAGCGCGAAGCUCGCCGGCGCGUUCGACACGGCGACCGUGAUGACGCCGGCGCGGCCCGCCGUCGGCCAGGCGCAGUUCGCGGCGCCGGAGAGCGCCGAGAAGCCGCCGCCGCUGCGCGAGCCGGCGCCCGCCGCGCCCGCCGCGCCCGAGCCCGAGUUCCGCGCCGAGCCGCCCGAGUACGGGCGCCGCCUGGGCGACAGCGUGCCCGGCAACAUGAUGCCCGUGGGCGCCACCGAGGCCACGGACGCGCGCGUGCAGUCGCCCGCGCUGCCGCACCGCCCGCCCUCCUCGCACCGCGUCGCCGACCGCGCCACACCAGUCCUGAUGAGAGGCGGAGAGAGCGAAGGAGCGAUGGGCAUCGGCCUGGCCGGCGUCGGAGCGGGAGUGGGCCCGGUGCCGGGGCUGGGCCACGUGGGCGUGGGCCCCGGCGUGGGCCCGGGCGUGGGCGCGGGCGCGGGCGCGUCGCGCGGCUUCCGCGGCGCCUACGCCGGGCCCGCCAGCCUGCCGCGCGGCGCGCACCACCCGCCGCACCCGCACGCGGCGCCCGCGCCGCACCACGUCAAGCAGGUCGCCGUCAUCGGCUCUCACGCUGCCCUCCCAGGUGCCGCUUCACGAGUUACCCUUACAACAGUUCCGACCAUCAGCCCUCAAGGACAAAUUGGACUGGGCGACGGGAUGUACCCUCACUUCUCUCACCAACACUACCAGGUGUAUCAACAACAUUUCCGUGCCACUCAACACGAAAACAGGGCUACUGCAUCUCCUUACACCAGGAGCCUGGAGGCAGAGGGCUGCGAGGCGCCGACGCCGCCGCUGGAGCUGCGCCGGCCGCCGUCCGCGCGCGUGCCGCGCCCCGCGCACUCGCCCGCGCCCCAGACGGAACGACUCAUCAUGUACGCAGUAGGCUGCGGCCGCUCGCCGCCGCCGGCGCACGGCACGUCGCGGCUGCCGGGCGCGCUGCCGCCGUCGGCCGCGCCCGGCCCGCCGCACGCGUCGCAGGUGCCGCGCGAGGCUGACUCGCUCCAGACACUGCUGCGACGCUACCCCGUAAUGUGGCAAGGGCUGCUAGCCCUGAAGAACGACUCGGCCGCGGUGCAGAUGCACUUCGUGGGCGGCAACCCGGGCGUGGCGGGCGACACGCUGCCCGUGCUGGCCGACGGCUCCACGCCGCUGCUGCGCAUCGCGCAGAGGAUGCGCCUCGAGCCCGCGCAGCUGGACCAAGUGCACCGCAAGAUGAAGCUGGAACACGAACACUGCAUACUGCUGGCGCUGCCGUGCGGGCGCGACCACAUGGACGUGCUGCAGCAGUCCAACAACCUCACGGCCGGCUUCAUCACCUACCUGCAGCGCAAGCAGGCCGCCGGCAUCGUCAACGUGGCGCCGCCCGGCCACCAGCAGGCUCUAUUCACCGUACACAUCUUCCCGUCGUGCGACUUCGCCAACGAGAACCUGAACCGCAUCGCGCCCGACCUCAUGCACCGCGUGGCCGACAUCGCGCACCUGCUCAUCGUCAUCGCCACCGUGUGACUUGCGCGGCCCACGCUGAGCUCGCCUCGACUACCUUCCCGCACCUAGCUCGCGCCGCGUGCGAGCGACCCCGGAUAUACCGCCCGAGCGGCUCGCGACCUCGCGAAUCCCGCUCGCUGCCCCGGAAGUGACACCGCAUCCCCUGAUAUGGACCUUAUUAAGCGACUAAUUAAGUAACGCAUUGUAAAUAUGGCCAGGUUGUGAAACUUUUUUAAAACUUUACUUUAUCUUAGCUGUCGGACGACCUGGUGGAUUGACGAGACCCCGCGUCCGAUCGUCGAUACGAUGGCCGCCCGUAGGAAUUGAGUUGGAUUACCUCUGUGAAACUGAACUCUCGUUUAGUGGCGUACGUUAGUUAUUUAUUGUGAGCGCGCGGCGCCGCCGACUGCGAUGGCCCGCGCCGCGCGCCGUGUAAAGUCUCAUAUGUAUCUAGGUAAGCCGUCACCUAUUUAAGUGUUAGAUGUAAGUCAUAGCUUAUUUGUAUAAUACUUUUGUUAUAGUCGACCGGGUUCGACGUUAUUCGGAGUUUAAAUUUAUAAAAAAAAAUAUGAUAAUAAAUGGCAAAGUCAGUUAUAAAAAUAUUUUUAAUUUUGGGUUCCGAUUAGAUGAGUGGCAAUCUAUCGAGCAUUUUUUAUUGUUAGUGUAAAUUGUUAUUUUGUUUUAAGCGAUUAGGUCUAAAGUAAUUUAAAUUCUGUAAAUACCGAAUCUAUUCAUACUAAAAUUCGAUUUAUUCGCUUAAGUCAUUACGGUAGGUAAUGGAAAAACUCACGAUUACUGGGUGGAAUGAAUACUGUUUAUUUGUAAAAUUAUUAUAGACGAGAAACGUAAUUACAGUAAGAAAAUAACACAUGAAAAAUAAACUGUGAUUCUGACUAAUUAUUAUAGACUUUAGGUAGUCUUAUGGGGCAACAAGGGCGAUAUUCGCAAGCUGAGUUCGAACUGUUCGUAUCGAUUGUGACAGACGCACGAGGGAGCUAUACUUAAUUCUAAAUUAGUCGGUAAGAACGGGUUUACACUUGGCUUCGGCAGGAUAAGGAAAAAGUGGCCGUGCGAGUAUCGCUCUUCGCGAUAUUCAUUGUUCCGAUAGCUAGCUGUCAAUGAAGUAUGAAUGGAUGUCAGAAUGACACUAGUGGAAUGUGUAUUUGCGGUCAUUCUUUACACUCAUCAUGACUCAUCCCCCCGCAACGGUUUCCUAUACCCCGAUUAAUGCAUUUCAUACAAAACUCCUCUCGUGAUCGCUUACACAGGAAUACUUAGCCGCCAAUUGCGGAGUAUUCGUGUGUGAUCGUUUCCUAUUAGUAUUGAAUCAACCCAGAAGUCAGUACUCUGUCUCGCUUAUGUUCUUGCUUUGCACCUUGUAACGGUAAUUUAAACUUAAUUUUUCAGAUAAUAAUUUAAUUUUCUUUUUAUUUUUUUUAAGUGUGUCCAGUCUACGCAAUAAUUGCACUGCUUAUUAUUAUUCUUACUGUUAAAAGGUACAAAGUCCAGCUCCGAUAAAGCGGAUCGAAUGCAAAUGAUUUAGAAAAAGUAUGUAAAUGAUUAAUUAACCUUAAAAUGUAACUUAAUCUGAUUUAAAAUGAUCGCUCUCCAUUUGACGUCGCCGUAGUCGGUCAAAAAUUCUUCUAUUUGUUAACGCGUUGAUUGAUUUCUUUAUUUAAUGUUAGGUUUUGUGUAAGUGCUUCAAUAAAUCUUAUAAUGUCGUAAUUAAAAUUUUGAUUGGUAACAAUUUGUGUAUGUUAGGGACAAUAGUUUUGCAGAUUCGCUCCGUUGUAGCUCGCGUGCUCUCUACCGCGCCCGCCGCGCCGCCCCUCUGCUUCUACUAUUAACAAUACUCCUCACAUUGACCGCCGACCUCCGCUUUGUCUUUCGAUUUUUAACGAUAGCAAUAAUUGGAACACCGCGGAAACUAACAAUAUUGUACUUCUCAUAAGUUUCGAUCGUCUGCAUGCAGUUAAUUCGUGUAUUUGUGCAAGUGAGCAACUGAGCCAUCUGUAGUGUGUUAACGUUUCGAUUAACCGGCAUCUCGCAUAACAUUGUAUAGUUAGAUAAUGGUGCGACUGUGCUGUCGUACGUAAAAACAAAGUACAAAAUAUUUUAUGUAUUGUAAUUUUAUAUUUACGAUAUAGAAAAUAAUAGCACAGGUAAUAUUAUUAUGUAUAUUCUUUUAAGGUUUAAAAUUGUAGAGUAUAAAAAUAAUAUAAUAAUGAUUGUUUGUCAUGUUUCCGUCGCAAACAGUUCUCGUCUUGGCUAGGAGGAACACUAACGAACUCAUCACUUCGUCCAUUAAUUUUAAAGUAUAAUUUUAUUAGCGAACAGAUGCCCAAUAAUGUACACUAUUUAUUCUAUUCCUUAUGAAGGAAGUCAAUGUAAAUAUUAUGUCUUCAUGAAACAUAGCAGUACAGUAUUUAGACUCGAUAAUGAAAAUUUUAUGAGGUAAGAAACAAAUGAGAAUUAUAAAAAGAUGUAUUUAUUGUGGUAAUAAAUAUCGGUAUUUACUCGUUUUCCUUAUUUGUUACAAGGGUAUGAUUAUUCCCCGAUCGGGUGCCGGCUCGCGGUGCCCUCGGUCAAUAAUCAAAUCCUCGCGGUACGCUAUUAAAAUGUCAAUUAUCAAUUAAUAAAUAUUUCAUAUUUUCGUAAAGUUUUCCAUGCUCCGUAAUAUCGUUUAUUCAAACUGAAAUAUUCAUAGUUUGUUUCCUCGGCGGUGUUAAGUCGUAAGUGAAUGCAGACUUAAUAGAUUUAACUACUGUAAACUAACGUGAGAAGUAUAAUAUAGUUUUGUUUACUGACAAUCGGGCUGCGGUGGAGCCGGCCGCCGCGGCGCCGGCGGGCGCGGGCGCGGCCGCUGCCGGUGUGAGAGAUGUUAGAGUUUAAAUAUUUGUAAAAUAACAUUUGAUCUCAAGUGUGCAGCAAAAGUGACGUGCGGUUGGCCUGAGUCUCGCAGCGGCCGCGCCCGCCGCGCUCACCGCCAGUUCCGAUUAUAGCAGAGCGUAAGGAUAUAAAAAUAUUGUGAUCAUAAUUAUAGUUUUAAAAGCUAGGUUAUAGAGAUAAUUGUAUAUUUUGUACAUAUUGAGAAUAGUAUUGUAUCUUUACUUCCCUUUAUCCAAACGACCCAGACUCCUGCGUGUUAUGUACCUCCUACCUACCAAUACUAUUAAAAAAAUAUUACACACAAGUGUUUUUCAUUGCUCAAAUGUACCAUUUAUGUAUUGUAUAAUUACACCUUCCACCUAGUUAUGUUUUUAGGAAAUAAAUGAAACAGUUCUACAUAUUGUUCA